AUGGCCGCUAAAGCACGUUCGAUUGUUUGUGCUGUAAACAUUUUGUCAACACUGUUUAUGAUUUCGCAAUACGUUGAUGAAGCUGAAGCACACGGAAGCAUGGUCAAUCCGGCUCAGAGAUCCGCGAUGUGGGCGUAUGGAUUCAACACCCCGAAAAACUACAACUACAAUGGUUUGAACUGCGGUGGAUUUGUGACUCAUUGGUACUACAAUGGCGGCAAAUGUGGGUUGUGUGGAGAUAGCUACAACGGGGAACGCGCGAAUGAAGAUGGCGGUGUCUUUGCUACAGGGACCAUUGCUAAAUCAUAUCUGCAAGACUCCAUGAUUGUAGUGAAAGUCGAUCUUUCAGCAAAUCAUGGUGGGUGGUUUGAGUUUAGGCUGUGUGCGCGCAACAGUAAAUACGAUCCCCUCACUCAAGAGUGUCUUAAUCGUCAUCUUCUUCAUUCACCUGAAGGUAAAACGAGGUAUUACCCAGGGUUCUCGAUGAGAAGUCAUGUGAUUUCUCUGCAGCUUCCGGUUGGGGUAACAUGCAAUCAAUGUGUGCUUCAAUGGAAAUACAAUGCAGGAAACAGCUGGGGAUGUGACCAGUCUUUCCGUUGUUGUAUGGGAUGUGGCGAACAAGAACAGUUCUAUAAUUGUGCAGACGUAGAAAUAGUAACCGAUUCCCUUACAUCGAGUAAAUCAUAUGAUUCAAAUGAGAGAGAUAAAACAUCAAGUGCAAAGUCGGGAUAUAAUUCUGACGAAACGACAACAGCGAAAAUAAAAUUUGAGAAAACCACAUUUCCGGAAGUGCAAUCUACAGAUACCACAACCAUAGGAUGGAUAAAACCAAAAUAUACUAAGUUAAAUAAAAAGGUUUAUAAGGACGAAAACGCAGAACUUAUGGCCAAAAUGGGAAUUAUCGAAAUAACAGACAUGGCAAAUAAUGCCUUACAGAUCGGACCAACGGAAGAAGUGCGCGCUCUUAAUACUUUCCCUGCAAGGAAACCGACGAUUGAGUCUCCUAACAAACAACGUAAGGUCCGAUGUGUCGGAAGAGGAAUGUGGAAGGUUGUAGAAGGCAUGGACAAAUGGUGUGAACAAAACUGUGUCCGUGGGAUCUCUUCCCCACCCAGUGGAUGCAGUUCACACUGUGUUUGCAAAUGA